CUUGCUAGUGCCGGUUCCCGGCCGCUUCUCCUUCGCAGCGGGGCCGCCAAGAGGUCUUUCUUCUCCUCUCCGGGCGGAGCCUACGGGCUCAGGCGACACCAGGCGCUACCGGCCGAGCGGAAAGCCGCAGAGGAUGAUGCCGCUGCCGCGCUCUGCGCCCCCGCGCCGUGUCCCCGCCGGGUGGCCGUGCCCCGCGCCGCUGCACCGCUGCUGAGCCCCGGAAAGGAUCGCUGCUCGCCGCCGGCCUGGCCGCCAUGGCGUCCGGGUGCCCUCCGCCCUUCGGCGACCCGGGGGAGAUGCGGGAGGGGUUCCUGUGCCCGCUCUGUCUGAAGGACCUCCAGUCGUUCUACCAGCUACAGGCGCACUACGAGGAGGAGCACUCCGGCGAGGACAGGGACGUCAAGGGCCAACUCAAAAACCUGGUCCAGAAGGCCAAAAGGGCAAAGAAGAAAUUGCUGAAACGAGAAGGAGAUGACAGAACUGAUUCUGGAUCUCAGGAGCGAUACGAGUCCUUCAGCUAUGGCGGAGUAGAUCCCUGCAUGUGGGAGCCCCAGGAAGUGGGGGCUAUGAGAAGCCAUCUUUCUGAUUUCAAGAAGAACCGAGCAGCCAGGAUUGACCACUAUGUAGUUGAAGUUAAUAAGCUGAUCAUCAGGUUAGAAAAGCUGACGUCAUUUGACAGAGCAAACACCGAGUCGGCUAAAAUAAGAGCUAUAGAGAAGUCUGUUGUGCCUUGGGUCAACGAUCAGGAUGUCCCCUUCUGCCCAGACUGCGGCAGUAAGUUCAGCAUUCGAAACAGACGUCACCACUGCCGCCUCUGUGGCUCCAUCAUGUGCAAGAAGUGCAUGGAACUUGUCAGCCUUCCCUUGGCCAGCAAGCUCACCAGUGCCAGCAAAGAGGCCUUGGGCUCUCACAACAGUCCCAACUCCUCACCUAAUAGUGUCCAUGGCUCCCGCCGGGGCAGCAUCAGCAGCGUCAGCAGUGUGAGCUCGGUGCUGGAUGAGAAGGACGAUGAGCGAAUCCGUUGUUGUCGGCACUGCAAAGACACCCUACUGAAAAGAGAACAGCAGAUUGAUGAGAAAGAAUGCACCCCAGAGAUUGUGAAACUCUACGAGAAACUCCGGCUCUGCAUGGAAAAGGUUGAUCAGAAGGCACCGGAAUACAUCAGGAUGGCAGAGUCACUGAAUGCUGGAGAAACAGCUUACAGUCUGGAACAUGCUAAUGACUUGAGGGUGGAGAUUCAGAAAGUCUAUGAAUUGAUAGAUGCCUUAAGUAAGAAGAUUUUGAGUCUAGGCUUGCAUGAAGAUCCUCAACCCCAUCCUAAAACACUACAGCUUCAGAGAAUGAUAAGAUACUCAGCUACACUUUUUGUUCAGGAAAAACUGCUUGGCUUGAUGUCCCUGCCAACCAAAGACCAGUAUGAAGAACUAAGGAAGAGAAGACUGCAAAUGGUGGCUCUGGAAACACAUGGAAAACAGGAGGAAAAACAGAAAUACUUCAUCUCCAGAUCAGCAGCUGCAGUUAAUGGUGAUGCAGCUCACCUGAAAAAGGAGACAGUCAGGAAGUCUGAAGGCUGGUUACCCACCUCUAGCCUAUCAAGGGAGAAGGAGAUAGCAGACCCACUUCUUCAGCAGAUUGACAACAUCACCUCCUUCAUUAAGCAGGCCAAGGCAGCUAAUAGGAUAGAUGAGGUCCACAUGCUGCAAGAGAACCUGAGGCAGCUUCAGGAGGAAUACGAUCAACAGCAGACUCUUAAAGCUAUUGAGCUUUCUAAAAAACAGGCAGAGGAGGAAGAGAUGCAGAGGGAGGAACUUCAGGUCCUUCGUGAAAAGGAAUGGGAAAGAGAACAUCUCAAAACCAUGUCUCAGUAUUCAAGGACACGCUCCUUAGACUUCAGAGAAGUCAGGCAGCAUCAGCAUGAAGUUGCAAAAGAGGAUCAGAACUUGACAACACACAUGUUGGAUUUGGAUGUGUCUCAGAUCAAGGGAGACCCCAGCUUUGAAUCGCCUGAUGUUGAGCAGCUGCCAGCUAAAGAGCACUUGAUCUUCACAUUCAAACCCCAGGGCAUCCCACAGUGUGACAAAGACCAAGGUCAGCCAGCCUGUCUAAACCCUUUUGAAGAGGAAGCAGAUACCCCUCAGUCAGAGGAAGAUUCUAACCCAUUUACCAAAGAGGCUUCUCCAGUGGGUUCUUUCUCUGGCACAGCUUUGCAGAGUGGUAAAAAAGAAUAUAAUCCAUUUGAAAAUGAUGAGGAAGAUGAGAAAAUGAAUGGAGCACCUGGCAGUUCUUUGAACCCUUUUGAAGAGGAUGAAAAUCCAUCUCAAAAGCCUGGGGGCAAUUGGAAUUCUGGGAAUCCGUUUGAAGAGGUAUCUUCAACCAAUCCCUUUGAAGUGGAGGAUGUCAGCGAGAUCUGUGGAGAGGAGACUAUAGAGGAAGAGCUGCUUCUGCAGCAGAUAGAUAACAUCAAAGCUUAUAUAUUUGAUGCCAAACAUAGUGGACGAAUGGAUGAGGUGGAAGUGCUGACAGAGAACUUAAAGGAAUUGAAGCGCACCUUGGCAAAGCAGAAGGAGAAAUCCAGCUGCUGAAACAGCUGUAGGAUGUAUAAUAGCUUUACAUCUGCUGUUAAAUGUGGGGAAGUAGAGCAGAUCCUGGGAAAGAGUAUGGAUGGCAAGAGGGAAUUGAAAGAGUCUUGACUUUAUGCACUUUCAGUUAGGCAUUUCCACUGUGGCUCAGUCCUGAAGAGUUGCUGAAGUACUCUGCUGUUACAACAGUGGUUUGAUGCUGACUGCUCUUUACUCUGCUAAUUCUCAUCAGAGUGGCUGACAGGGAACUAUGAUGUAGAAAUGGCUACAAUAUUGGUUUGUCAUCUUUCCCCUUUUCUGUUGUAUUGGUCUUUCAAGUGGGGCUUUGACUAAAUAGAUGAAAUCUCUAAACUUCUGCGUCCUCAGCUGCACUGCCUGAGGGUGUUACAUUACGGUGCUGUUCAAAGGCUACCGUGAUGCUCUGAGGUGCAGAACUCACAGGCUGGCAGGUCAGUAUUGUGCAAUGCUAACAUACAAAAGGGAUUUUAAGACUGAGAACUUUAUAACUGAUAGUGAUAUGAGUAACUUUUCUAUGUGCUUAUAAAAAUUCCUUAGUAAAUUUUGCAUGCUGUUUGCUCAUCACUCUUGGUUUCCUAUUUGCUUUGAGUACAGCCUUGCUGUGUCACAGAGACUGGCUGGCCUCAGACCUGCUUGCGAGGGAACAAGUGUCAUCCCAUUUCCCGGGAAACUGGGCUAGCACCACUUCAGACUGCAGUCCAGAGAAUGGGCCUCCAGCUGCCAAUUACCUUUUGGAAUCUACACAUUUCCUUUCAAUUCUCUGGGCGACAGAGUGAUCAUGUUUGUCACGUCUGUGAAACUGGAACCCUCCUUUUGUAGCAUUCAAGGAACAAAAAAAUCUUGUUUACAAUGGAGAGCUGAAGUGCCUCUGCACUGGAAUUCUGUCAAAGCUUGGAGACAUCUCUCGUAUUUGAUUCUGCUUGGCCGCGAUGGCAACCAGGCAUGCCUUAAAUAAAGGGCUCUCAGUGGCAGUCAUCUUGCCAUCCUGUGGCCUGGGGGGAUUGCUAGGUGAGGGCCUGUGUUGCAGAUGUGCCGAGCUGGGCUCAUGAAAGCUGGUACAGAAAUUUGUAAUCACCUUGAGGUAGCCCUGAGAAAAUGGAGCCUCAGGUGCUUUGAAAGGCACAGGUCCAUCUUUAGGCAUCGCUGUUUGACAGAGUGGUGAGGCUAGCAGGUGUUCAUUUGAAGCUGAAGUCAGACAGAUCACACUGCACAGCACCAGGCUUACUCAGAAGUAAAAUUCCGUGGAACAGGGUAUAUCUUUUAACUCCGGUGUCUGUUAGCCUAGCUGCAAGCUAAGCCUUGUGUGAUCCUGCAGAGACACAAAUAAUCACACCAACUGAAGAGCAGGGACUCUGGAGUAAUUUUGCUGAAAAUAAGUGGAGGUAGGGACUGGCGGAUCUGGUGUUUAAAACCCCACACCACUUGUGCCCCCUCAGAGGACAACUUGUCCUCACUGUGGCCCAGAGCUGAAGCUGUUGAGAGCAGGCUGUCUCAAGACCAGGAAGCUUUUAUAUGGAAAUGUUAAGAGUUGCUUUGCACAAAGUAAAAAGAGCAGAAGAUUCUAAAGGGUUGUAAACUAAGAUGUGCACUGGGGUAGCAAACCCCCCAAAGGCUGAGAUAGAUGCAUGUCAGGAAUGACGUUUAAGAUUGCUCCCUGCACUGUAACCCAAAGCUAUUUUGGUAUUGGCAUGAAAAAUGUUUCAGUGACUUCAGCUUUCCUAUUUUAAAAGUGUUCCUUCUCCUUGUUGCAAUUGUCCUGCCCUGUUUUCAGUCUACACUAAGCCUUCAAGCACUCCUGAUGUACAUUAAUGAUGUGUUCCUACAAGCAGGUAACAGACUAGCAUACCUCAUGAGCUUUGUCAGUGUUCAGUGUGAUCGACCAGACACCUGAUACUAAAGUUACCUCCAAGUGAAGACCUUAUGCUGGUAUUUGAGGGCUGUGGGGCUCAGGAGGCACAACAGAACGAGGCCCUGGUGCCUGCAAAGCUCAGUGACCAGCACUGACUUAUGUUGAGGCUGUGUGCAUGGCACUGUGUGGAACCUUUGUAAACAGAGAUGAAAUAAACCAACAUCUUUAUUUUG